AUGUCACUCCAGCCGCAACCACUCAAAAAUUGGCCGCACUCUUUCGACCAAAGAUAUAUGUACAGGCGUCUUGGCAUAGAAGAUCGCCCCGAUGACCAUCAGGUUCUCCACGAUUUAGCACAAGAGGUCUAUGAUAUUGUAGCGGUUGAAGCUAUUAACGAAGGCAGAGCUAUCAGCAACAUCUUCCGAUCGAGCUAUUCACGCACUAAAAACCAAUUUGAGUGGCGCAAGCGAAUACCUAGGUUACCAGCCGCUGUUAGAAAUCACGUCACGGACCUUGUGAUUCUCACCGGGGCGCUUUAUAAAUAUGUCAAUUGUAUUCAAGAUGAGUUGCAAAAGGAGUUUGAGACACAGCUAAACGAAGAAGCAGCAGCAAAAGCAGAAGAAACGGCAGCGGAAACUAGGGCAGAAACCGAGGCUGAGAUGAAUGCUCCAGCGGCCCAAAGAAGAAGGCUAGGAGUAACACACAAAACUGUCACUGUCCCCGCUGCUGGUCUUGCCUCUGGCCUUAGUCCAGGUCCUACUUCCCCCCUAGUCCUCUUUUCGUCUCUGGCCCUGUCCGUAGUCCUGGUCCUGGUCCUGCUUUCGCCCCUGCUCCCGCCGGGCAGCAACAUGAGGAAGGAGGCGACGAUACUUCUUUGUUCGAUCUUUUACGUCCUAUAA